CCGUCAGCCGCCAAUGUUGUUUUCGCUGAGUCGAGCUGCUGGUGUUGUUGGCGGCGGCGCCAUAUUGGAAGGGACGAGUCCCCGUUAGCGAGAAGCCCCUUGGCGCUGGCCCGGCCGCCGCCAUGCUGUAUCUGGAGGACUAUCUGGAGAUGAUCGAGCAGCUUCCCAUGGAUCUGCGCGACAGGUUCACCGAGAUGCGCGAGAUGGACCUGCAGGUGCAGAAUGCAAUGGAUCAGCUUGAGCAGAGGGUAAAUGAGUUUUUUAUGAAUGCAAAGAAAAACAAACCUGAAUGGAGGGAAGAACAGAUGACAUCAAUCAAAAAAGAUUAUUAUAAGGCUUUGGAAGAUGCAGAUGAAAAAGUGCAACUGGCUAAUCAAAUAUAUGAUUUGGUAGAUCGUCACUUGAGAAAAUUGGACCAGGAGCUUGCUAAGUUUAAAAUGGAACUUGAAGCAGAUAAUGCUGGAAUUACAGAAAUAUUAGAGAGACGGUCUCUGGAGCUGGAUACACCAUCACAGCCUGUGAAUAACCAUCAUGCCCAUUCUCACACUCCCGUAGAGAAAAGGAAACACAAUCCAUCUUCUCACCAUAGUACAACAGAUCAUGUUCCUGAAAAGAAGUUUAAAUCUGAAGCUCUUCUAUCUACCCUGACUUCAGAUGCCUCUAAAGAAAAUACACCAGGGUGUCGAAACAGUAAUUCAUCAUCCUCUUCAAACAAUGCAUACAAUACAAACUCUUCUCAACCAUUGGCAUCAUAUAACCUGGGCUCAUUAUCUUCAGGAUCUGGGGCCGGUGCAAUUACCAUGGCAGCAGCUCAAGCAGUGCAAGCCACGGCACAGAUGAAGGAAGGAAGGCGAACAUCCAGUCUAAAAGCCAGCUAUGAAGCAUUUAAGAAUAAUGAUUUUCAGCUUGGAAGAGAAUUUUCAUUAUCCAGAGAUUCAAGUGGAUAUUCAUCAUCAGCUCUAGCAUCAACAUUAACACAGACCCUAAGUUCGUCAACCACAGACUCACGAAGUGGCAGAAAAAGCAAAAACAACAACAAAUCUUCAAGUCAGCAGUCCUCAUCAUCUUCCUCUUCUUCGUCUCUGUCAUCAUGUUCUUCUUCAUCUGCACUGGCACAGGAACUGUCUCAGCAGACAGCAGUAAUACCAGACUCUGAUUCUAAUAGCCAGGUUGACUGGACCUAUGAUCCGAAUGAGCCACGAUACUGCAUUUGUAAUCAGGUGUCCUAUGGUGAAAUGGUAGGCUGUGAUAACCAAGAUUGCCCUAUUGAGUGGUUCCACUAUGGAUGUGUUGGACUGACAGAAGCACCAAAAGGGAAAUGGUAUUGUCCACAGUGUACGGCUGCAAUGAAGAGAAGAGGCAGUAGACAUAAAUAAGUUUCUUCACCUGGAAAACAAAUUAUGUACUAAAAGUUUUAUAGAGGACUUGGGAGUGGGAAGAAUCUCCAUCACGCUUCCUUGCAACCACUUGAGGGUUAACAUAACAGUCAUAAGAUCUUGAACUAUUGAUUUUGCUAGUUGUGUUUUAAUAUUGUAAGUAAAUUAUUUAUGCACAUUGAUGUGCUAUAGAUACUAUUACAGUGAGCCUUGGAUUGUUCCAGUGGCCAGCAUAUGCAGACAUUUGUACUCUCAGACCAUUUUCUCUACGCAGUGGGCAUUCUACAAUUACUCAGUCUUCAACAAAAUUCCAGUAUGUCAAGAUUUUAAAUGUAUGUUUUAUAUUGAACAGAUAUAUUCUGCUGCAUGUACUGUACUCAAGAGCUGUUAUGUAACACGAUGUAUAUAAAUGGUGCAAAAAGUCAGUGCUUCUGAGGG